AUGUCAAAGGAAGAGGAAACUGCAACUACACCAUCAAAUAUUGAUAAAGAUGUUGAUAACAACGACAUUGUUCGUUCUUCGUCACCAUUAGAUGACUAUGAAGAAGAAGUUGAUGAUGAUUUAACAAAUAAUAAUAAUAGAACAAGACAAGAUUUUAGUAAAAUGAGUACACCCUAUUACUCUUAUCAUGUUGAUAAAACUAUUCAAAGCAAUGAUUCAGCUUAUUGGGCAAGGAGAUCUAAAACAAUGAUGACAACAACAUCUGAACAUAGUCUGGAACCUAAUUCUACAAGUUCAGCAUCUCAUGCUACUACUGUUAGUGGCAGUCUUGUUGAGGAUAGAGAUGGUGUUGGUGUUGAAGUUGACAAUGGUAAAUUUAAUGAUACUGCAGAAGUUGCUGAGAAACAAAUUAAAGAGGAAUUAAAUAAUUUAUACACUGAUUUUCAUAAAUGUCUUGAAUUGCGCGAUAAAUAUAUGAAAUUCUCAUUACAACGACUUGGUGAUAAUCCAAAGGAUCAUGAGGAUUAUAAAAUUUAUCCAUCACCACCUGCCCCGUCUUCUGCUGCUGAUUAUUAUGCGAAACAUUCUAACCUCAAUAAAAAAAAAGCAGUGAAAAUUGUUGGUGAAGAUUUUCAUGUUGAAGAGUGUGAGAUACCUGGUGAUCAUCAGUAUGUAUAUGAAUUAUCCACAGAUGGAGUUUAUUAUGUUUAUAAAUCAGAAGAAGAUCUUAGAAAUCAUAAAAUCAAAAACCACAAGGACAAAAAAUAUUUUAUGGAUUUAGAUUUUAUAUUAAAUGUGAUUUCUGAUGGCCCGACAAAAACUUAUGCUUAUAGACGUUUACGAUAUCUGGAAAGUAAAUGGAACAUGUAUACUCUACUCAAAGAAUAUCAAGAGAUGGCUGAAUCGAAGGAUGAAGUAAUUUUUAGAGAUAACAAAGUUCUCACAUUAAUUGAAGUAUUUAAAAGUUUAGGCUUGACAGCUUACGAUCUUAGUUAUUUCAGAUUUGGAGUCAAAUCAAAAUCUGAAUGGAGCAAACUUGCAAAAUGGGUGGUACACAAUAAAAUAUUUUCACCAAAUGUCAGGUGGUUAAUUCAAAUGCCUAGGCUUUAUAGUAUCUACAAAUCUACCAAGACUGUUGAAAAUUUCGAAGAUGUUAUAAAAAAUUUAUAUGAGCCAUUGUACGAAGUUACAAAAAACCCGAAGAAAAAUCCCGAACUACACAUAUUUUUACAACGCGUAAUUGGAUUUGACAGCGUGGAUGACGAGUCGAAAGCAGAAAGACGUAUUCACAAAAAAUAUCCAGUACCAAAAAAAUGGGACACCGACCUCAACCCGCCCUACUCCUACUACUUGUACUACAUGUAUGCAAAUAUGAUCAGUUUGAACCAGUGGCGGAAAGAACGCGGAUUCAAUACUUUUGUUUUGAGACCUCAUGCUGGUGAAGCAGGUGACACUGAUCAUUUAACAUCGGCUUUCCUGACAUCACAUUCAAUCUCACAUGGCAUUUUGUUGAGAAAAGUUCCUGCAUUGCAAUAUUUAUAUUAUUUGAAACAAAUUGGAAUUGCAAUGUCGCCAUUAUCGAAUAAUGCUUUGUUUUUAACUUAUGAAAGAAAUCCAUUCAUGAGCUUUUUUCAAAAAGGAUUGAAUGUUAGUCUUAGUACCGAUGAUCCAUUACAAUUUCAUUACACUAAAGAGCCAUUGAUUGAAGAGUACAGUGUAGCUGCACAGAUUUGGAAACUAUCUGCUUGUGAUAUGUGUGAAUUAGCACGUAAUUCGGUAUUGCAAAGUGGAUUUGAAAUGAUGUUAAAGAAACAUUGGCUCGGGUCAAAAUGGUUCUUACCAGGUCCUGAUGGAAAUGACAUUCAUAGAACGAAUACACCAAAUGUUAGAAUAUCAUUUAGACAUGAGACAUUAAUGGAAGAAAUUAACAUGUUGGCAAAAUAUUCACGUUUAAAAUCAAGAGAUUCAUUUGUUUGUAACACUAUAGAAAUGUCUUUAUCAAAUUAUGAUAAAUAUUUAUCAUCAACACAAUCUUUAUCAGCAUCAGCAACAUCACAACAAUCAACACCUGAAAAAAAUGUUGUUGGUAAAGAUGGCGAUAUUGGCAAAGGAGAUAUUAAAGAAAGCGAUGACUAUUUUAAUAGUGGUUUGGGUGCUGGUGAACAAAUUGUUGCGAGUCCGGGUAAAUCGUUAUUUUCUGAUUCAGAAAUGGGAGUUAUUCCUGGUGUUGCUAUGUUUGUGGAACGUAUUCAUCAAAUUGGUAAAAAAUACAGGAAAGAUAAAACUGAUAAUGGCACUGGAAAUAGUAAUUGA